AUCCCGCUCACCUGUGUUGCUCCCGCCCCGCUCGUUAGUCCCUGUGUAUAUGUAUGCCUGCUUGUCUCUCCAGUCUUUGUCAUGUCCUUGCGUCUAUGUUGAGUGUUCUGCGUGGUGCUCUGUUCCCUGAAUUUCUGGUUUGUUCCCCCAUGUUGGAUUACUCUGUCUUUGUGUUGGAUUUGCCUUCUUCUGGAUUACCUUUUGUUUUGACCCUUGCUCUGAGCUUCCACGUGUUUAAACUGAGGACUGACAGAAGAACUAAAGAGAAGAUAAGCAAUACCUCCCAAUGAUCACAAGGGAAUAUGUCACUCUCUUUCUGAUGGGCUCCUGUUUGCUAUUGGACUACAGCUCCCAAAUUCCCAUGAAAUCUCAACUCCAGAGCAGAACUAAGGCUGCAGUGAUGUCAGCCAGGGGAGGGACUGGAGGUAAUACUGUAAGGGUGCCUUUAGGGGAAGUGACAUUAUUAGAGGCCAAAACGAUGCUAAGGAGAAACAGGAGGCUGAGAGUCCAGCGUAUUAAAAGAGGAUGGGUGUGGAACCAGUUCUUUGUCCUGGAGGAGUACAUGGGAUCUGAACCACAGUAUGUUGGAAAGCUCCACACAGACAUGGACCAUGGAGACAAUGCAGUCAAGUACACUCUGUCAGGAGAAGGAGCUGGGUCCAUCUUCAUCAUUGAUCCAGUUACAGGAGAUAUACACGCACUAGUGGGGCUGGACAGGGAGGAAAAGUCCUACUACACACUGAAGGCCCAGGCUUUUGACCUCCACACAGGCCUCCCUCUAGAGCCGGAGUCUGAGUUCGUCAUCAAAGUACAGGACAUCAAUGACAAUGAGCCACGGUUCCCUGAUGAUUCCUACAGUGCCAGUGUCCCUGAGAUGUCCCCAACAGGUGUGAUGAGAACAGCUCUAGCCAACAUGGACCGCGAGGUGAAAGGGGAGUACCAGGUUCUUCUCCAAGCCAAGGACAUGAGAGGUCAGCUGGGGGGGCUGGCCUCAACCACAACCAUAAACAUCACUAUUAGUGAUGUCAACGACAACCCACCACGCUUCGCUAAGAGUAUUUUCCAUUUGUGGGUGCCAGAGUCAGCAUCAGUUGGCUCAGCAGUGGGUCAUAUUCAAGCCCACGAUUUGGAUGCUGGCAGCAAUGCAGAGGUGGAUUAUGCCAUUGUUCCAGGAGAAGAGGGCAACAUGUUUGACAUCAUCAGCAACAGCCAAAGUCAUGAGGGAGUUGUAGUCUUGAAAAAGACUCUUGACUAUGAGAACAAGAAGUCAUACACCUUCAAGGUUGAGGCAUCCAACACACAACUGGACUCCCGUUUCCUUCACCUGGGGCCGUUCAAGGACUCAGCAACAGUAAAGGUGAAUGUCCUUGACAUGGAUGAGCCUCCUGUGUUCACCAAGCCCUCCUACUCUAUGGAUGUGUACGAGGACACUCCUCCAGGAACCAUCAUUGGCUCUGUGACGGCUCACGACCUGGAUGCCAGCAGCAGUGCUGUAAGGUAUUCGUUGGAAUGGCACGCAGAGUCUGACAGCUGUUUUGACAUCGACACCGUUGAAGGAACCAUUUCCACUAAUGAAUACCUGGACAGAGAGACAACUGUGCAGCACAAUAUUACUGUGGUUGCAACCAAAGUCACUGCAGACAGUGUUGGACAAGCCCUCACACCGUGACACACAUCUUGAGCCUGACGCAGCCGUGACGCAGGGGACAGAGGUCGGUAGACCUAUCACGCAUUUUGGACUGGUCAUGAAGGAGUUAAACAUCACUUCCUGUGUCCCCUAGGUGGCGCUAAACAAUACCAGCUAAUUAUAUGUUGUGUACCAGUACAAGUUGUGGACCACGCUGCGAAAAAUGCCAUUUAAAUUAAAUGAUUUCUGUUAGAAAUGGCUUACUUCCUGUUGCUAUUAGGCAGCACUAUGACAUUAAGUGAAUACUGGCAUGUACAUGUGUUCAAGGUGGGACUCUUAUCAAGCAUGUAAAGUUUGGUACAUAUCUGAGCAUGUGCAAUAAAGUUAAGC